AUGACAAGUCCGACAACUUCCACCGCGGUGGAGUCCUCCUCCACCGCAACCGCAAAGGAGCGCCAAGGCGUGGUGUUUGACCGGUGGCCGUUUCGGCUGGACAUCGCCUACGAGUACCAGUGCUGGAUUCUCGUCGCGAUGUCGGUGUUUUGCGCAACCAUCUGCCUCCUUCCCUGCUUGUGCGGGGUGUUCCGGUCCAAAAUUUCCAAGCGGUUCACGGUCUGGGUGUACUCCAGGCUGCACACCUUUUUCUGCGUCUAUCAGAAGCAAAAAUCCCCCCUCCCCACAUCGAAACGAAAUUUCUGAUGCUGGAUUUGCGUACACAAAUCAGAUUUGUCUUGCAGUAGAGGACUGCAUGCCCAUAUCAUGCCCAUGCACAGAGGGACAUCAGGAACGUCUAGGCCGUAGGAACAGCAGCAUUACAAACCGCCUGCAUAAUGGGGCGGAGACUGUGGUGCUGCGUUCUUGCAUCACAGAUGCGAUUUGUGGUCACAAAUCAGCACGAGAAAUUUUUUGAGGCGUGCCUUAUCGAUAUGGGGAGAGGGGAUUUUUCCUUACGAUAGCGUCGCCUUCUACUUCAACGUCACGGUGUUGUUCUUCACGGUGGGUCUGCUCCCAGAUUGGACGAUCAACGAGUACGUGGCGGUAUGGGAGAGAAAUUUUGCGUUUUCCUUGUCGCGCGUGGCACUUUUGCCGGUGAUGCACUUUCGUACCCAAAGGAGCAGCUGUACUAGUGUGCACAUCAUUCUUUUUUCAACCGUCGCACAAAGUCUGACAGCAACCGGCUCCUCUACCGUCAUGCAAAGCGUCGAGAUCAUUCCAGCGCGGCGUGUUGCAUAACUUGCCUAAGUAUUGUAACCCAAAGAGAAGGUUGCUGCAACGCGAAGGAAAAAUUGGUUUUCAUCCCAAGCUAUACUCGAUAUGUUUCGACUUUCUGGAUUGGAUGUUGAUCCACACCGUGAAGUUCCUGGUCUCUGCGCUGAUCCUGCUGGGCCUGUUCAUUCUCGUCAGGUCCAACUUCUUGAAGUUGAAAGUUUUCUUUGUGAUGCGUAAGUGGUUUGCCAGAGUUCCUUGUCAUGCGGAGCCCCAACAGUAAAUGCGCGACAAAUUAUGCACCACCCAAAAUCCUAUCAGGUUCAAGGAGCGCAUCGCCGCUGCCGCCGGUGUGGAGCACAUGACCUUUUUCCGCCUCGGAAAACUGAACCUCUUCCACACCGCGCAGCUCCGCGGCAUCGAGGUGAUCAUUUGGAAGGUGGAGGAGCUUCCCUCGGGCACGGGGCUGAAGCCCAACGACGUGUAUUUGGAAUGCCAUGCCGGCCAGAACGAACCGACAAGGACGCGGGUGCACAACAACGCGGGAGCGUAUCAAGAAGAAAAAUCCCUCCUCCCCAUAUCAAAACGGAAAUCUGUGUUGCAGAUUUGCAGGCACAAAUCAGCUUUGUUAUGCUAGAAGGGGAAAGACCCGGACUGUAGUGCUGGGUGGCCUGGGGAAGCCUUGCAUCUUCAGCAUGGCAGGAAGCAAUUGGAAGUGGGAAACAGCAUGACAAAUUGCCUGCAAACGAGGCCACAACUGCGGCUCUUGGCCUCCUAGCAUUACAAGUCGAUUUGUGUACUCAGAUACAGCAUCACACAUUUUGUUUUCGAUAUGGGGUGGGGGGAUUUUUCCAUUUGAUAGAGCCGCGGCGGUGAUCAAGGAAACGUUUCAGGUAUACUGAAGAUAACUACACUGCAACAUAUUGAAGAUAACUAUCACUAUCCGUUUUAUGCAUUGCAAAUAUGGAUUUGUGAUGCGAAAUUUCAAGGACAACAAGUACAAGACUUGUAUUGCAUGAAGAUGAGGAUGAUCAUCCCCAGGUCAACAUUGACGAGAACGACGUGGAGGAACGGUUCACACUUUUGGUAAAAGACCAAGAGCUAUCCUGUGCAAAAGUAUCGUACUCUUAUUGCAGUCAUGCGCUACAAAUCUUUUUCUUAAGGCAAAUCCGCAUUACUUCUCAUGCUGAGGAAAUUUGUAAUGCAUUUAUACGAGUACGAUACUUUUGCAAUGCAUAAGAGCUCCUAGUUUCCUCCGUGCUGUGCAAGCUCCAGCUGAAAACCAAGGAUGUUCUUGCGAUUGAGGCGCAGACGGGCAAGGUGAGCGAAGAUUUCGUCUACGACGCGAAUGCGUUUUCGCAGCUCCAGCUGCAGCCGCGGGGAAAAAUAUGGCUGCGGGUAAACCCCUUGGAAGACGGGGAGCAACAGCCGUUGACGAGUGGACUGUGCUGAUUCCACGAUUUCCGCUCACGACUGCUGAAAUUUACCAAGACGGGUGAGGUGAUUGUUAGCCCGCGAAGGUCGAAGACGAUGCGUUAAUGUGCAGCUGUUGAAGCAGGUGCCUAGAAAUGCAUCUUGGACGUUGUUGCUCGUGGCUCUUCUCUUCUUGGUUUUUGUCUUUAUCGUCUUGUUCUUCACGACCCUCGUGCGGCUGCAAAGGUAGGCCGCCGACGGCGCUUACUAGGAAAAGCAACUGCAGGAAUCAACUUCGACGGUUGGUUGUGACAGCACCCUUUCAUUGCCAAGACUUGGCUUAUCCUAGAAGAUCACCCAGAAAACGGACGAGAUUAAGUUGUGCAAAAUUUGUUUUCUCGAUCUGCAAUUUUUCUCAUUUCCACACAGGUGUCUGGUUUGUU